AUGCUCAGUAAUCAGGUGGUGGAAUUAAAAAAUAAAAUGGAUCCAGGCUCGCCAUUUAUCAAAUCUUCAAGAAGAUCCGUUUCAAAUAAACAAACACCCUCUGAUUGUUUCGUACCACUCCAACCAAAAGAAGAUCCUCCUAGGUUGAAAAUCAUUGAUCAACCACAUGGUCAGCGUCUACCUUCAGUUAACAAUUACGACAUUUUCACGACACCAAGAUCGGAUACUAAUCAACUCCACUAUAAUCCUACUCUAAGACAAUCGAAUGAAAACCGCUCUACUAAGGUAUAUAGUUCACCAAAAACACAUCCUUCGAAAUCCUGUAAAGAUGAAGAACAUGCUUAUGAUAGUGAUGGAUUAUCAAGUUCAGAAGAUAACGAAGUCAGUGAUGAUGACGUACUACUAACCUAUGGGAAAAUUUUUUUGAAAGGUAAGGGCAAUCCAAAACCAGUUCCUAACCUCACACAAUCGAUGCACUCUGAUUUUGAAAAUAACUCAAGUCUUACAGCAUUAGAAGAACCUGUGAAAUCCUCUCAAACGACAACUAUCAAAGCAAGACAUGAGACUGUCGAUUCAUCGACAAGUUUGGACAACAUAAAAUCAUUGGUUGUUCAUAUUCGCACUUUGUUUCAAAGACAUUGUGUCAAAAUUUCCAAGAAUACCACCAUGGAAGAUUUAAUAAAUAUAAUCUGGUGUGAAUUACAAUUUGAUAUGGAACGUUACGCAAAAGACUCUCACAUUCUUCUUCUUUUUAAUCACCGACUUCACAUAUUUGUUGAAAGUGAUUCCAACGCGUUAGUAAAGGAUUUUCUUUCACUCUCACCGCUUUCACGUUCACCUACAAGGGAGGCAACAGAUUUCUAUGUCUAUGGAUUACCUCUGCAACGUGCUUCUUCUAUGUACAAAUUUGAUAAUGAUUACAUUUCACUUUUUGGCAAUCCAGACUCAUGGUGCCCUUCAAAUCUUAUCGGCUAUAAACAAUCGGAACGAUCUCAAAGCAUCCUUCUGAGUAGCCUAUAUACCUUACGACUGUAUUUUAGACCGGAGACUAGAGAGUUGAUGGCCAAACAGCUUGCCAUGGAGGCACAAUUUUUUCUCGAGCUGAGAAAAUAUUUAUUUCCACCAGCUAUCCUUGCGCUGAAACAUGCAAUCAUUGGUUUCAUGUUUUGGUUCGAAAAAGCUCUACUUAUCGACGCAUUGAUACAGUUACUUACUCGAUUAUGUGAUCCGGAGACAGUUUUUCCAGCGGAAAUUUGCGAUUUUAUACCGUUGCUAAUCUGUUGGCUUCUAGAGAAAUGCGAUCCAACUGUAGAGAAAGAAGACUGUUUUCGGGAAGUGAGGCUAAUCAAUGCUCAAAAAUCCCAAUGGUCUUAUUUUCAAAACCCUGUAACAACGUCAAAAACCAAGCGACAAGCACUUUUAUUAGAAGAGUUUCAAGAGGUAAGCGAUUACAAUGAUCUGCAAUACCAUGUCGAUAUUCGAUCGUUAACAUUAUAUUUAUCAAGACUGACUAAAACGUCUCUCAACAGUGUAUGUAAAUGCGAUGAUUAUGUUAUAUAUGAUCCAAUGCUUCAGGACGUGCCCGUAUUGGAGCCACUUGAGCGUUGGACAGAAAUUCAAAUAAAAGAGCUGUAUAAGAGUAUAGCACGAACACGAGACUACCGUUCAUUCAGUAUCAUAACACGUGGUGAUGUGACUGCUCAUGUUAAAAACCAACUUGUUCUGUUACAGAAAGAUCGUACAGUGGCAAUACUUUUUUCACCAAAAAACGUGAUACGUUCUGACGGAAGAACGGCACAAGAUGUUGAUCAUUUUUUCGAAAUUUUCGAUCCUCUCCAAUGCACAAAGGACACAUCAUAUCUUGUUGUGGCAUCUGAUGCGUUUCUGGAUGAAGAAAAACAAUUACCAGAUCCUCGCUUGCCCACAUAUUUCAAUGACAGUUUCAAUAUUAUUAAAACCAAUGCAAAUUUUUCAUUAGAUGAUAAUAUUACUGUUCCAGCAUACCAAAUCACUGUAAUUCUUCUUGAUCGUAGUCGAUCGAUGUCCGAUUACCGAAUUGCAUCUUCUGACAAAGUGAGGAAUUGUUCACACAUCGAUAUCUGUAAGGUAAUGUUAGGCAGACUGAGUGAUAACAUACUUUCCGCAGACGUAGUUCAUGCAUUUGGUCUGAUUGAGUUCGCAACAAAGUAUAAAACGGUCUGCCCAAUUACUCGAAGUCGUGAACUGUUUGAUAAAGCACUCACUUUGGAUGAGUGUAGCGGAGACUGGACAUGUAUGUAUGAUGCUAUUCGUGAAGCGAUAAGGCAGAUAAAAACAUUCGCUGAUAGUCCAAUGCGAGCAAGAAAAGAUUGUAAAAAACUGAUUAUUUGUCUUUCUGAUGGUAUCAAUAACUCUGGUGAUACAACAAUUCAAAAUUUACAUGAUCUAACAAAGAGGAAUAGUAUCGUGAUUGAUCUUAUUUCAUUCGUACGCGAUGAUCAACUGAAAAGACAGGAAGAAGUUGCUAAAGCUCGACAGUUUCGUACACUUUGUACUGAUUCUGGUGGUUAUAUCUAUCAAAACCUUCAUGUGUUAUCAGACAUUGAACUUGCAUCUAUCUUUGAGCAAGAAGCUGCAGUCUGGCUUUCAAAGCGGUCCAAAACAUCACAUGGUACUAUCGACAAGCCGGAACGUUAUAUUCCUCCAAAUUUCGAGGAAUCAGCAAUUCGUCAACCAUCAUCAAACAAGAACAUACAAAGUUCAUCUCGUUUACGUCGUAUUUUGAAUGAGUUCCAAGCAAUGUUAAGUUGUUCGUCAGAAAAUGUGACUAUUUUCGCUGUCUCCGACAAUAUUGCCUUUUGGAAAGUGAUCCUGAAAGGACCCGUAGAUACUCCUUACCAAGGAAGAUUUUGGAUGUUAUAUGUUGAAUUUCACGCACACUAUCCGAACUGUCCACCAAAUGUUCGUUUUGUUACACCUAUAUAUCAUGUCAAUAUCACUGGUGAUGGAAAAAUUUGUCAUCAAAUUCUUGGUCGAUGCUGGUGUUCGCUGACGAAGAUGAGUGCGAUCUUUGAAAAUAUAUUUGAUCUUCUCAAGAAGCCGAACUUUGAUGAUGCCAUAUCUGUUGAAAAGGCUCAUUUAUAUAGAGAAAAUCCAGAUGACUAUAGGAGACAAGCAGAAGCUCAUUCAAAGAAGUAUGCGAAAAAUGAUGUCAAAAAGCUGAAAUGUGAAUAUCGAUUGGAAGAUGCUGAUGGUCAAAUGGACGAAUCGCCAUAA